CGGCCGAUAGAAAUGAAUUUUAACAUCUUCAACUCUGGUCAUUUAUUAGCGAAACGUCUAGGAGUAACGGUCGUUAGAUAAGCCCUAAGCGGAUGUUAAACUUGAAAAUUUAAAGCGAAAAAACCAAAACGUUUUGGUUUUUACUUAUAACUCAUCAACUUAUAUAAAUCGUUGUUAAUUUUUCAAAACAGCCAUCUACUACCAUUCACACACCAUCAUCAUCCUCACCAUUAUUUAAACCCAACCAACAUCAACAACAUGGGUCACUUAGCAAUGUCCGAUCGCAGCAGUACCACCAGCAUUGAAACUUCAAUGUCUUCGCCAUCACAACAACAACAACAACAAACCGAAUUGAAACAUCGUGUUACCACCAAUGGCAAAAGUUCAGCAGCUGCCAACGGCUUCCCCGCCAAGAAUGGCCAACCGUUGGUCUCGGCCGUCGAUGGUGAGGUGAAAAAUAUCGAACAGAAACAUCAUGUCGACUUGGAAGAGUACACCAAAAAUUUCAAGGGUGACAAAGUUUUCGGCAUUCAAUUCGAUGCACCACUGAAAUGGGGUAACAUCAUCAUGAUUUUCGCCCUCCAUUUCUUCUUCAUCUAUGCCUAUGUCACAUAUCCGUUGGAAAAGCUAAAAGUCUUAACUGUUUUGUAUGCCUACAUUAUGGGUGGUGUUGUCGGAUUUGGUGUCACUGGUGGAGCUCAUCGUUAUUGGACACAUCGUUCGUUUAAGGCGAAUUUGCCAUUGCGCAUCAUUCUAAUGCUGUGCUAUACAACGGCUGGUCAGAAUAGCCUCUACGAUUGGGUGCGUGAUCACCGAGUGCAUCACAAGUAUUCGGAGACCGAUGCUGAUCCUCACAAUUCGAACCGUGGCUUCUUCUUUGCCCAUGUCGGCUGGUUGAUGAUGCACAAACAUCCUGAGGUUUUACGUCGCGGCCGUCAAUUGGACAUGAGUGAUGUAUUGGCCGAUCCUGUGGUGCGUUUCCAUGAGAAAUAUUUCAUUCCACUGAAGAUGCUUUGCUGUUUCAUUAUUCCCACCGUUAUUCCCGUCUAUUUCUGGGGUGAGGAAUGGUAUUUGAGCUUCGUGAUGCAGUGUGUGUUCCGUUAUGUUUACUCGUUGAACUUUACCUGGUCGGUGAACAGUGCUGCCCAUUUGUGGGGUACACGUCCCUAUGAUAAGCGCAUCAAUCCCCGCGAGAAUGUCUUGGUCUCCUUCGUUGCCAUGGGUGAGGGCUGGCACAACUACCACCAUGUCUUCCCCUGGGACUACAAAGCAGCUGAGUUGGGUAAAUAUUCCUUGAAUCUGACCACCAUGAUUUUGGAUGGCUUCGCCAAGAUUGGUUGGUGCUGGGACCGCAAAGAACCCACCAAGGAUUUGGUCAGACGCACUUUGGACAAGUAUGGUGAUGGUACCCAUCCCUCGGCAGCCGAAGCAGAACAUCAACAUCACCAUGAACAUUUACCCGAAGUUCCCGAUCCUGAAUACGAUUGUGAUGACGAUGAUGCCGAGUCGUCAAGUACAGAGAGCACAAAACUCGAUGAAAAUGAAAACGUUUCAAAGAAAUCAUCAGUUUUAGCUUAAGUUACUUUAAAUAUUGGCGGGAACACUCCCCCAUGGGGAAAUGGGGGUAAUCGUAACUUUUUUGUGAGAAUCGUUUGUGGGACCAAUUACAAAUAUAUACACUUAUUUAUAUAUUUUAACAUUUAUUUAAAACAUAUUUUGUAAAUUGGUCACGCGAUCAAAAAUAGAACAACAACCAAACAAUUUCAUCAUCAUAGCAAGGCAGCCUCGGGGCCUGCCGAAUUUCUUUAACGAAAUACGGGUUUUGAUCAUUUUUACGUCCAACAACCAAUAACACACACACACACCAAUACAUACAUAUCAAUUUUACAAAUCAACUUUAUUUAAUUUAUAAGCAAUGGGUACAAUGAUGCAAUACACGCACACUAAUACACAUAAAAAAAACUCUCACAAAUAUGCAAAAUGAAACACUUUUUUGUAAGUUUUAGUGGGGAGCACUUAUCUUUAAAAAAUAAAUAAAUAAAUUUCUAUCCGAAAAAAAAAAACACAAAAGUGAAGCGCUUAGUAAUGACUCAUAUUUUUUGCUUAUUAUUAUUUUAUCUACUUUAUUAUGAACAAAAGAAGAAAAAAAAACAGGAAAAUAUAUUCCAAUAUAUGUGUUUAUGCACUAACUUUAUUGGAUGCAUACCCAAACUAGUUUAAGGCAUUUGUAAUAGGUUUAGUCAUGAUUUGGGCGCCAGUUUAGUUAGCCACCCUGGCUGAUUAGCUCCCAUAUCGAAGUAAAAGCAAAAUAUAUUUUAUAAGAUUAUUUUUUCA